UUCUUUCUAUUAACAGAACUACCAGAGACGUACAUUUUCAAUCUUCUUCGACAAAUAGAACGACAAGCUAAGGAAGAUACCAACAAUCAUGAGACUGGGCUCUACGAAAAUUUUAAGAGAAACAUCAAGGAAAAAGGUUUUUCGAUUUCUGACAAUCAAGGAGGGGGAAACUGCAUGUUUUUGGCCCUUUCGGAACAGCUCCACCUCAAAAAAGGAAUUAAAAUCUCACAAGCAGAGUUACGGCAAACCGUAGUCCAAUAUCUGAAGAAAAACCCUACGCUGGUUAGUGUUUCAGGUUUCUUGACACAAGUUAUUCAAGUCUGUUCAUCCUUGGUUAAAAUAUCAAAAUAUAUCUUAUGGAUUUUAGUUUAUCUAAUUUCAGGUUAGAACGGAAAGUGAGUACAUUCGCGCAUACAUUACUAAGUUUCGUUGACUGCAAUUGAAAUAAUUCUUUUGUAGACUAUUUUGCAAGCAACGAAAGCGGUAGUAUAGCCAGAGCGCGAACAUUCGGUUGCACAAGACUUAAUGUUAAGCAUGCACCACGAAACCUCAUCAUCAGAGCGUGCCCCGGGUUACUGAAGCAUAUUUUUCUUUUCCUUUUAGGCAAUCUUUCCAUUCCUAUUGAUUGAAUCUAAGGCACUUUAUGUAGUAAUCGCAUUUCAGCCGAAAGAGCACAGCUCCCUGAAUAAGCAUUUGAAAUCGCCUAACCCCCCCAACCCCCGUCGAAUAUCUAAAAGAGCAUUUUUUUCAAUGCAAACCAAAAAUAGCCAGUAAUAAUACAGAGCUGGCCUUUUUUUCCAAAGACGAUGUUGACUGUAACUCGGUACGCAUGGUGAUAUGAAAAACUUCAAGUCCCGUUACCGAGAUCCCCGUUGAAUAAACCGAGAAAUCUGUAACCGAGCAAUCUUACCUUCUCAUGUAAAAUCCUACCAAUCCCUCCCUUUCUUUAAAAGUGGUGAGGCAUUUAGAAGCACGGCUGUGCUCUUUGUAGGAGCUUUACUGAACUACAGUAUUUUUUUUCUCACAGCCGGAUGGUACAGAGCUCUUUCAUUUCGUCGACGGAUAUUCAUCUUGGGAUGCGUACCUCACACGCAUGAUGGCAGAUGGUAAAUUGGGUGAUCACGUGAUCCUCCAUGGUACAGCAAACCUCUUUAAAACAUGCAUUCACGUGAUAAGCAGUCAUCACGAUGAAGUAAUGAUCUGCCCAGAGUAUGACGCUAGCACCCGCCUUGUACUGGGUCACGUGCAUGAGCUUCACUAUGUCAGUCUUAUUCCACAUAAAGGAGGUAAAGAUGUUUGAUGUUACCCAGUAAACAAUCCCUUUUCCCGAAAUAAAAAAAAAAACAUUUAUAAGUCGGUGUUAGUGAGUCGAUCUUCGAGUAUUCGUUGCAGAUUUAGCGCGCUUAUUUUAAAAACAAACAAGCUAUGUAAAUUAUUUUGCGGCUUUGGAAAUAUCAUAUUUAAGUUAAACCCGACCAGGUAAGUUUCAGCCAGGAGCAGCUGGGAAAAAUAAUUUUCUUCACUCUUCUUUUAUGGAACUGUUGCUGAAGUUUCCUGUGCUCUUGCUCGAAAAUGUGAAACAGUUAACUCGUAAUUUUUACUUGGAAGAAAACCUUGUUCCUUUUUGCCCGACCUUUUCCAAAAGGUAAUUAUCUCUGUUGAGUAUUUGGCGAGAACAGAGUGCAAACUGAAACGAUGUAAUUCAAUGUGCAGCGAAGUGCGAACUUUGACAGAAACCACAUUUUACCUACCUUCACAAGAUCUUCAAAUUUUCCCGCCUAAACCCAAAAAGAACGGUAGCUAAAACAUUGUGCGCAGUGUAAAAAAAAAAAAAAAAAGGAUGGUUUGCUUUCUUUAACUAUUUUAAUAGAUUUCUUUCAAAUCGCUGUGUAUUUGACUCUUUUUGUUUUAAACGGUAUCUCGUGUCUGAUUUUAUUGCUAGCAAUUAUUAGUCGCGUGUUUAAUCAAUUGAUCGUUGUUAAGUUAUUUGUUUUAUAAUAAUACGUCAAUAUGCUCCCUUGAGGUUUUUCCUGUGGAGCUAAUUUGUAUUUAACUUUGAGUUUGUGAACUUGCAUAAUUACCUAAUUAACGGCGCGUGAAACGUUGAGACUUCAAUAGUUUUUCAUUUCGUCGAGAUAAAACGGAGAAAACAGUUCUGUAAUAGUCAGACAAAAUUGAAAUAGAGAGUUUUUAGCCCCACUUUGUGUAUAUGUGCGAAUGUUUUGUUUAUAUAUCCUGGUUUUAGCGCUAAAUAAGAAGACGUACACUUAUUGAAAUAAAGACUUUUCAACUCCACUUUCUGUAUGUGUUUUGUUUAUAUAUCUGAGUUUUAGCGCUAAAUAAGAUAUGGGAAGCCGUUUCUUGCGUUACUAGGUGAUCGCUUCUCUUAUUCCUAUUUUCCUUUUAAUAGACGGUCCGAAAACCGGGCUCAAGUUACUUACCGGGCAAGUCUAGGCAAGCCUAUUGUUCCUAUUAUACUAGAGUGACGCUCAUUAGUAAACCUAUACCGAAUUAGUAUGCAGGAAGACACUGACUAGGCACUUAAUUAGUAUGGAGGAACAAAUUUUUUCUCUAGGAUAAAACAAUGGGUGACGUCAUAGACUCGACCCUUAUGCUUAUUAAUUAAGGGAACGCACACGGAAUGCAAAGGGAACGCACCAAGGAGGUUAAGUUUCAACAUAGUAUACUACUGCUGUGUCCGGGUAUACUUUCUUGUAGGUCUUAGUACUAUUGUUCUGCUGUAGAUCCUUAUAUGAUUGUGUGUCCAUUUUGUAAAUAUAUUUGUAUAUAUAUAUAUAUAUAUUUUUUUUACUGGUAAAAUUCAAGCGCAUUAUAGACCUUACUUAUAAAAUUAAACUGAAAGAAACAGCACCGUUGUUCUCGAUUGGCAGAAAUAUUUUUCUUUAGAUGAAGAGGUGAAGAAGCCAGGCUUACUCAUCUUACGUUAGCUCCUUAUCUCUUCAAAGAGAAUCAAAAGUUUUUAUAUUGUUCUUUCUAUUAACAGAACUACCAGAGAGGCACAUUUUCAAUCUUCUUCGACAAAUAGAACGACAAGCUAAGGAAGAUACCAACAAUCAUGAGACUGGGCUCUACGAAAAUUUUAAGAGAAACAUCAAGGAAAAAGGUUUUUCGAUUUCUGACAAUCAAGGAGGGGGAAACUGCAUGUUUUUGGCCCUUUCGGAACAGCUCCACCUCAAAAAAGGAAUUAAAAUCUCACAAGCAGAGUUACGGCAAACCGUAGUCCAAUAUCUGAAGAAAAACCCUACGCUGGUUAGUGUUUCAGGUUUCUUGACACAAGUUAUUCAAGUCUGUUCAUCCUUGGUUAAAAUAUCAAAAUAUAUCUUAUGGAUUUUAGUUUAUCUAAUUUCAGGUUAGAACGGAAAGUGAGUACAUUCGCGCAUACAUUACUAAGUUUCGUUGACUGCAAUUGAAAUAAUUCUUUUGUAGACUAUUUUGCAAGCAACGAAAGCGGUAGUAUAGCCAGAGCGCGAACAUUCGGUUGCACAAGACUUAAUGUUAAGCAUGCAGUACGAAACCUCAUCAUCAGAGCGUGCCCCGGGUUACUGAAGCACAUUUUCCUUUUCCUUCCUCUUGAUUGAACCUAAGGUACUUUAUGUAGUGAUGGCAUUUCGGCCGAAAGAGCACAGCUCCCUGAAUGAGCAUUUGGAACCCCAGCCCCCCCCCCCCCCCCCGUCGAAUAUCUAAAAGAGCAUCUUUUCAAUGCAAACCAAAAAUAGCCAGUAAUAAUACAGAGCUGGCUUUUUUUUUUCAACGACGAUGUUGACUGUAACCAGAAACUCAUGAGGGGUUUCAACCCGUUAUGAGUUUCUGCCGUAACUCCGUAGGGAUGGUCAUAUGAAAAACUUCACGUCCCGUUACCGAGAUCUCCGAUCUACCAAUCCGGCACUUUCUUUAAAAGUGGUGAGGCAUCUAAAUGUACGGCUGUGCUCUUUGUAGGAGCUUUACUGAACUACAGUAUUUUUUUUCUCGCAGCCGGAUGGUACAGAGCUCUUUCAUUUCGUCGACGGAUGUUCAUCUUGGGAUGUCUACCUCACACGCAUGAUGGCGGAUGGUACAUGGGGUGAUCACGUGAUUCUCCAUGGUGCAGCAAAUCACUUUCAAACAUGCAUUCACGUGAUAAGCAGUCAUCACGAUGAAGUAAUGAUCUGCGCAGAGUAUGAUGUUACUGCUAGCACCCGCUUUGUACUGGGUCACGUGCAUGAGCAUCACUAUGUCAGUCUUAUUCCACAUAAAGGAGGUAAAGAUGUUUGAUGCUACCCAGUAAACAAUCCCUUUUUCGGACAUAAAAGAAAACAUUUUUAAGUCAGUGUUAGUGAGUCGAUCUUGGAGUAUUCGUCGCAGAUUUAGCGCGCUUAUUUUAAAAACAAACAAGCUAUGUAACAUAUUUUGCCGCUGUGGAAACUGCAUAUUUAAGUUAAACCCGACCAGGUAACACUGGACGAAAAAACGAAUUUACCUAUAUAGCAAAUUUGGAGCAAAUCAUCUGCAAAUGCCACAUUUGCUUAAUUUUGCUCAAUUUUGCCACAUGACAUAGGACCAACUUUGCCAUAAUUUUGCAUCAGUGGCAAAGGUGGUAAAUGCCGAAUUUGCCUCAAAUUUGCCCCGUUUGUAAAAACAAGGAUAACCUUUACUUUAUCAAGGCAUUUACAGGGGUGUCAAACUUGAUAGCAAAACUGACAUUUGUCAGGUUUUUGCCCAAAUGGGCAAAAGCGAUCGAAGAUGAAUUUUUGAAUGCUUUUGCUCUCUAUAGCAAAUUCGGUCAAAGUAGUAAUUUGCCACAUUUUUGCUCAAUGUAGCAAAAGUGACCAAAACUCAUUUUUCAACAGUUUUGCCCAGGAUAGUAAAUCUGAGCAAAAAUUCACGUUUGCCACUGUUUUGCUCAGGGUAGCAAAUUUGGCCAAAUACCACUUUUUUCUCAAGUUUGCUCAGGAUGGCAGAUAUGAUCAAAACAGUAGUUUCCCAUACUUUUCCCCAUUGUA